UCCUGGUACCUCAUGGACACAGAUUCAAAUCCCAUGUCUGCAACUGUUAAACUAUAACCUUUGGCAAAUUAUUUAAUUUCCCAUGUUCCCAUCUAUAAAAUGGUACAAAAAUAUCAACCUUGGGAUGAAUGCAUGAAUUAAAUACAAUAAAGUGCAAAGUGUUCUCAGUACUGUUCCUGCAAUAGGAUCCUUUAACACACAGUAAAGCGAUGGGAGAUUUGCAGAAUACUUUUAUUCAUGUUUAUUCCAUGUCCAGCCACAAGACUGAAUUAAAUUUUAAUAGAACAUCUUUAUGUAUUCUAUUUUAGCUUAGUUGUGAUCAUUAACAUAAUGCCCAGUCUCUGUGAAUAUCCUACAUGAAAUACCAUUGAGAAAAUCAGUAUAUAAAUAGUCUUCUUAAGUGCCUUGUACAAAGUCACUGGAGGCAAGAACUACAAUGGAGGAUCCCCUGAACAUAAUGAAUUUCCCAGUAUAACAAUGUAUAAGUCUUAGGAGUAUGUCUUUUAUUUUAUUAUAACAAUCGUGAGCCACUUUUGCCUAUUAGAGUGAGCCAUCUAAACACCUUCUGUUCCCAAGCUCUUGGGCUUGAGCUACACUUUCUUAUAGCAAAUAUUUUGCAAUUUGCCAUAUAUCCAGCUCCCUGAGGGUCAGAGCAAUAUCACGUUAAUAUUUAAGUGCCAUAGAUGACCCAGAAUGGUGCUUAGCAAAGGUAAAUGCCCACAAGUGAUAAUUAGAACUGACUCUUUAAAAAUUGAGAAUUUUUCUUUUUCUUUGAAAGUGAGAAAUUUUCAAAAAUUUGAUUUUUUAAUCACACCAGUUUGCUGCAUCUGAAUUAUUUCUUUGAACUUGGAGAGCUGAGGUUCCCCCCCAAAAAUUUGCUGCUUUAUUGCAUUUCUAUUUUCUAGUUUUUCAUCUUGGUGUGCAUUUCUACUUUUUUGUUCUUAUACUUUGUGCAUUUCUUACGUCUCUUUCCACCAGUUGUCAAACUUCUCCCUUUUCAAUCUGCUACUUCAGGGUUCCUUUAUCACAUAUCAUUUGACAAUAUAUUUUCCUACACCUGAUUGUAUCAUUUGCCAGGUGUUUUGGUGUGUUUUCCUAAACAUUGUCUAGACCUCUUAAGAGAAAAUAAGCUCUUUGAGAGUAAGCAUUAUACACCUGUUUGUACAACUUUCUAAUGUAGCCGUCUAAUCCUCAAUACUUUCUAGAAAUUCAUACACAUAUAUAUAUAUACGUAGAAAUGCAUAUACUAUGUGUAAGAUAUAGAUCCCCUUUUAAAUUCAAUAACGAACCUUGACACUGUGUCGCAAAUUAAUGAAAACCCUUUUGUUUUGAUGUACAUUCUCUAGGAAUAAGAAUAAUCUCCUUAACACCUUUCUAUUUUAAAUAUGUGCAUAGUGAAUUAUGAUUAAAUCCUGGCACACAUGUCCCAAUGAACUGUUGUAGGUGUACUUGCAGGAGAUGGACCAAGAGACUGACUGAUCCGGGGCUUCCAGGAGAACCUCAGGGGACCCCUCAUUAAAUGUCACAUUGUAAAGGCAAGACAUUGAAAUCUAAGAUGGAGGAAUGAGGAGUGAGGGGAGAAGAAACCUGUAAAAUUGUUCUAACGUAGAAACUGCCCUGCGCAUACCCCCAACUUAUUGACUCAGGACUCUUCCAGUCUUCAGGUAAAAUAGACUUAGAUCCAAGAGGUGCGAUCUGAUUUCAAUCUGAAAGUGUUCGGUACAUCACUAGACUGCUGCGGACAUCCUACUGAAGGGCUUAGUUCUUGUCCAAGGCUGCAGUCCUGCCUGCACUUCCAGUGUCCGCCUGAUGGCACUUGGCUGGCUUACUCGCUUGCUUGACUUGUUUGUUAUACUAUGCUGACUUUCUUCCAGUGACGAAAUAAUUUAUUUUGUUUUAAUCUUCUUCUGAAUAAGUUUGUUGCAGCUCUAUUCCCUGCAUCUUAAAUGCUUUAAAAGCAGUGGAAUUAUGAAAAAGCUAGAUUUAUUAAACCUUUUAUAUUUGAAUACCAACUUAUUUAUAACAUGCAUAAUUGACACUUUGAAAUUAUUUUUAACUAUACAUGAAAACAACCUGUCCAUUUGGAGGGGAAUGAAUUUAAGUACGAAGAGAUUGCAAACACCACUCAUCAUGGGUCUAAUUUACAUUGCUUGGUGCUUUGAAAGCUUUGUAAUUACCAAGCUGGUAGAACACAAAAGCAACCCUAACAUAUUUCAUGUGAAGUAUUUUGAAGCCUCUUUCGGAUUUCUAAAAGGAGGAGGGGAGAGUCCAUCUUAUUCUGUUGGGAUUUGUCUUGUAAGGUGCAUUACAACUGCGUUUAGUAAGCAGGGAACCAUUUCUCUGUGUCUAGCUAGUGCUUAUUUAUUCUUUCCUUAUAUAAAAAAAAGACUAGCAAUUUUCUUUUAUGAACGUAGACUGUAGGGAGAUAAAUAGCCCUUGUGGUGGAGGAAGGUCAAGUUCAAAGUUUUUCUUUCCUCUGGAUUCCGGAGUAAGCAAAUGGAAAACCUGGCCAAACAACCCAGCAGCCGGCGUCUGAGGGCUCAGCCCUCCCCCUAGGACUUUUAUGUACAUAAGCAGAAGUCACUGGGCAGCUGCGGCGCAUUAGUUCCGAUAGUUUAGCAGGCUGCUUUGUAGCACUGACAGCAGCGCAGCAGCCGCGCCUGGCUUCCCCUCCAUGUUCCCUGCUGCGAGCAGUCGGUGAUCUCCGCAGGGGCUGGGAGGGAGGGUGACGUCGGGCAGGCUUCCGCUCGCCGGGUCCGCACCCAGCCCUGUCUCCAGGGGACACUGAGGCAGGCGACCGAAUGAACUAAGAGCAGCUGGAUCCGACCUGCUUCCCUGGGCUUUUCCCGGACUCCUUGCGAAGGAAUCGCUGGAAAGAGGCCAGGCAACCACGUUGCCCUGGAUUCCUGCCAACUGUACAAAGUUGACCAGGAAAAUGGCUCAGCAGGCAAGCCCGGACACCUUAACAGUACCUGAGGUGGAUAAUCCGCAUGGUCCAAACCCCUGGCUGAACGAGGAUCUUGUGAAAUCCUUGCGGGAAAACCUGUUGCAGCACGAGAAGUCCAAGACCACAAGGAAAUCCGUUUCUCCCAAGCUCUCUCCGGUGAUUUCGCCUAGAAAUUCCCCCAGGCUCCUGCGCAGGAUGCUUCUCAGCAGCAACAUCCCCAAGCAGAGGCGUUUUACGGUGGCACAUACGUGUUUCGAUGUGGACAAUGGCACAUCUGCGGGACGGAGUCCCUUGGAUCCCAUGACCAGCCCAGGAUCUGGGCUAAUUCUUCAAGCAAAUUUUGUCCACAGUCAACGCCGGGAGUCCUUCCUGUAUCGGUCAGACAGCGACUAUGACCUCUCUCCAAAGUCUAUGUCCCGGAACUCCUCCAUCGCCAGUGAUAUACAUGGAGAUGACUUGAUUGUGACUCCCUUUGCUCAGGUCUUGGCCAGCCUGCGAACUGUACGAAAUAACUUUGCUGCACUGACUAAUUUGCAAGAUCGAGCACCAAGCAAAAGAUCACCCAUGUGCAAUCAACCGUCCAUCAACAAAGCCACCAUAACAGAGGAGGCCUACCAGAAACUGGCCAGCGAGACCCUGGAGGAGCUGGACUGGUGUCUGGACCAGCUAGAGACCUUGCAGACUAGGCACUCCGUCAGUGAGAUGGCCUCGAACAAGUUUAAAAGGAUGCUUAAUCGGGAGCUCACCCAUCUCUCUGAAAUGAGUCGGUCUGGAAAUCAAGUAUCAGAGUAUAUUUCAAAUACAUUCUUAGAUAAGCAACAUGAAGUGGAAAUUCCUUCUCCAACUCAGAAGGAAAAGGAGAAAAAGAAAAGACCAAUGUCUCAGAUCAGUGGAGUCAAGAAAUUGAUGCAUAGCUCUAGUCUGACUAAUUCAAGUAUCCCAAGGUUUGGGGUUAAAACAGAACAAGAAGACGUCCUGGCCAAGGAAUUAGAAGAUGUGAACAAAUGGGGUCUUCAUGUUUUCAGAAUAGCAGAAUUGUCUGGUAACCGGCCUCUGACUGUUAUCAUGCACACCAUUUUUCAGGAGCGGGACUUAUUAAAAACAUUUAAAAUUCCAGUAGAUACUUUAAUUACGUAUCUUAUGACUCUGGAAGACCAUUACCAUGCUGACGUGGCAUAUCACAACAAUAUCCAUGCUGCCGAUGUUGUUCAGUCUACUCAUGUACUCUUAUCCACACCUGCUUUGGAGGCUGUGUUUACAGAUUUAGAGAUUCUUGCAGCAAUUUUUGCCAGUGCAAUACACGAUGUAGAUCAUCCGGGUGUGUCAAAUCAAUUUCUGAUCAAUACAAACUCUGAACUUGCCUUGAUGUACAACGACUCCUCUGUCUUGGAGAACCAUCAUUUGGCUGUGGGCUUUAAAUUGCUUCAGGAAGAAAACUGUGAUAUUUUCCAGAAUUUGACCAAAAAGCAAAGACAGUCUUUAAGGAAAAUGGUCAUUGACAUUGUACUUGCAACAGAUAUGUCGAAACACAUGAAUCUACUAGCUGACUUGAAAACUAUGGUUGAAACUAAGAAAGUGACGAGUUCUGGGGUUCUCCUUCUUGAUAAUUAUUCUGAUAGGAUCCAGGUCCUUCAGAAUAUGGUGCAUUGUGCAGAUCUGAGCAACCCAACAAAGCCUCUCCAGCUGUACCGCCAGUGGACAGACCGGAUCAUGGAGGAGUUCUUCCGCCAGGGAGACCGAGAGAGGGAGCGUGGCAUGGAGAUCAGUCCCAUGUGUGACAAGCACAAUGCGUCUGUGGAAAAAUCCCAGGUGGGCUUCAUAGACUAUAUCGUUCAUCCUCUCUGGGAGACCUGGGCAGACCUUGUACAUCCUGAUGCCCAAGACAUUUUGGACACUUUGGAGGACAAUCGCGAAUGGUACCAAAGCACAAUCCCUCAGAGCCCCUCUCCUGCGCCUGAUGACCAAGAGGAGGGCCAGCAGGGCCAGACUGAGAAAUUCCAGUUUGAACUAACUUUAGAGGAAGAUGGUGAGUCAGACACCGAAAAGGACAGUGGCAGUCAAGUGGAGGAAGACACGAGCUGCAGUGACUCCAAGACUCUGUGUACUCAGGACUCAGAGUCUACUGAAAUUCCCCUUGAUGAACAGGUGGAAGAGGAGGCAGUGGGGGAAGAGGAAAGUCAGCCCGAAGUCUGUGUCGUAGAUGAUUGUUCUCCUGACACGUAACAGUGCAAAGACUGUCACAUCUUUUUUUUUUUUUUAGUAGAAAAAUUGUUUCCAAAGUGCAUGUCACAUGCCACAACCAUGGUCACACCUCACUAUCAUCUGCGAGGACGUUUGUUGAACAAAACUGACCUUGACUACUCAGUCUGGCGCUCAGGAAUAUCGCAUCCAGUUUCUUCACCUCUGUGUCAUCAGAGCAAGGGGGACGUCUUCACAAACAGCAUUUUAACAUCAUUUCAGCUUGGUCAAGCUGACAAAGCAGAUAAAAUCAACUCCAAAACGUUUUCAAGGGAGCGUGGCUCAGCAGGCAGCCCCAGAAUGGAUUGGAUUCAGAGUUUCUUGCAAUAUUUUCUGGAGAAAGAAAGCAUUACAUAGAAGUGAGCUUCAUGGAUAAUAGCAAACGUGUCAGGAACAGAAUACAGCAUGAGUCUGUUCCCAGGAGAGGAAGGAGCCACAGAAAUUGCAUAAUUUUCUAAUUUCAAGUCUUCCUGAUACAUGACUGAAUAGUGUAGUUCAGAGAGCUGCACUCACCUCUACAUUUUGUAUGAUAUGUAAAAGAUUUUUUGUAGAGCUUACUUUUAUUAAAUGUAUUGAGGUAUUAUAUUUAAAAAAAAAAACUAUGUUCAGAAUUUCAUCUGCCACUGGUUAUUUUUUUCUAAGGAGUAACUUGCAAGUUUUCAGUACAAAUCUGUGCUACACUGGAUAAAUCUAAUUUACGAAUUUUACUUGCACCUUAUAGUUCAUAGCAAUUAACUGAUUUGUAGUGGUUCAUUGUUUUAUAUACCAAUAACUUCCACAUUUUAAAACAGAAAAACAACUUUAUGUUGCUGGAAACCCUUUUUAUAAGUCUUUAUUUACUUUGCUUUUUUAUUUCACCCUUUCCCAAUCAGCAGAAUUGCUCUCCACUGACAUUUUUCUUCAGUGUGUAAAGUGAAUAUUUGUUCUGUAAUACUUUGAUGUGUGUCAUGUCCAGUGUCUUAAGCCUCACAGAAAUAUCAGCUGGUGUUCUCUGAAGCAAAUGAAAGAUAUAAAUACCCAGUAGCUAAAAUGGUCAGUCUUCUUUAGAUAUUUUCCUACUUAGUGUCUCCUGAUGACUUUGUACUGUGUCGAUUGCAUUUCACAAGUGCACGUCCUUGCAGAAACCCACACAUUUCAUGUUUUUGUUUUUUACAGCCAGUUAGAGUAAGGAAAACGUUUUCCUCUUGUGCUACUUUAUUUAAUGUGUGUUUGAAUCUCUGUCCAUGUUUGUUAGGUGAGGUUUUAUCAAAUAUAUCUCUGCCAUCCUAAUUGAUGAAAAGAAGCAGAUAGUAAAAUUAGGGUUAGGAUGUAUUUCUACCCUGAGGUUGUUCAUCAUGACUAGCUUUUAAAAACUCUGGGCUUACAAACAAAAGUUAACAGUUAACCAGGCAAUGUUUAAGAACAUUAGCAGAGUAUAUUUAACAAAUACCAGUACAAUUUUUUUUCUAUUGUUUCAUCAUGGGGUAAGGAACUAUAUGAAGACUAUCCCCAAAUGCUUUUAAGUGUAGCAGCUACUCUUUUAAUAGAUAGCCAUGCACUUGUAGGAAUUGUGUUAUCACUUCCUGACCUGGAGCAUGUCUUGAAGGAGGGAACUAUUUCUUUAAACACACAGAGUGGAGCAGUUGAAAUGACCACUAGCACCAGUAGGUUGGUAAUGUCUAAAGUAUUGGAUUAGUAAAAAUAUUCUGCCUAAAUAAAAAAUUAGAAAUCAAGAAAAUAUCCUAGCCAAUAUUAGCACCAGGAACUGUAUUGCAGUUUUAGAGAUUAAUUCCCAGUGUUUAUCUGCUGAUAGCAGUUGGUACCAUGGCCUGUUUCAUGUGGACUUUCUUUCCACGUCAGUUCUUAAUAAAGGGUUUGCCUUUUCUGUGAGUAAUUUGGAACCCACAUAACUGUUUUUUGCAUUAGUAGCUAAGAAUUGAGUUAGAGACAGAAGGGAGACCCGACUAAACUGAAGGUAAAUAAAACGUUUUUUUAAAAAUUGGCAACCCUGAACAAAUUUGUAUUUUGAACUUCUCGUGGAGCCUUCUGGGGGCAGGUAACUAAGUCGUCGGUCAGGGACAUGACCGAAGCUGGAGGUAGUCCUACUCUACCCUCCUAAGAGUCACUUGAUGCGUUGCACCUUUAGUAGAAAAAUUACCUGAGUUUUUUUAUUGUUUACAUAGGACAGAAUAGGAAUUAACUAAUUACUGGGUUGGGUUUCCACUCUUUUUCCCUUGUAGAAACCCAACAGAGUAAACUACAAACCUAUGUUUGACCAAGUGAUUUCCCAAGAACAUUUGGGAAUUCAUUUUUAUUUUAAUUGUAUCUGUCCCUGAGGGAAGUCUAGAAGGAAAAAAGCAAAGAGUUGAGGGGUUAUGCCUCUUUCCAAAUUAUUCUCACUCUUUUCCACCGCUACAGAUGGUAUUUCCCCCACAGAGUGCCUGGAUCUUCCAUAAUAAAAGCAGCAAUAUGUCAUAAACAGAUCUUGACACAAAAGGGUUUGUAACUGCACUAAAACAGACUUUUCCAGUUUGUUGGUUUUUAAGGGUACCGUGUUGUAAAGAUACUCGCUGAUGGACAAUCAAAUUGUAGAAAAGACAUAAUACCCAAGAAUUGGGAACUAAUGCACUAUACAAUCUCUUUACCCUCUCCCUUCUCUUUUGUCCCCUUCUCUCCUUCCCCCAUGUUCUCACUCACCAAAAUGUGCUUCAGAAAUUACACACUGCUUUAAAAAGAAUCUCCUUACACAAGUGGCUUUACAUUUAAAUGCCAUAAGAAGAUGCAAUAUCUGGGUACUGCAUGGGGAAAAAUGUCCAAGUUUGUAGAAUACCAGUACAUUUCAGCUUGCAAGUUACCGAACACAACAGUGCUGUUUUAGUUUUGUUCUCUUUUGCAUCAGUUAAAACUCAAGAAAAUAACAGAACAAAUUGCAAACAAGGAAAGAAAAAAACUUGAAAUGGAUUUUACAGAAAGCUUUAUAAUUUUUGAAUGCAUUAUUUAUUUUUUGUGCCAUGCAUUUUUUUCUCACCAAAUGACCUUACCUGUAAUACAGUCUUGUUUGUCUGUUUACAACCAUGUAUUUAUUGCAAUGUACAUACUGUAAUGUUAAUUGUAAAUUAUCCGUUCUUAUUAAAACAUCGUCUCAUGAUGGGAUGGUGUUGACAUAUUUGGAAACUCUUGGUGAGAGAAUGAAUGGUGUGUAUACAUACUCCUUGUACAUUUUUCUUUUCUCCUGUAAUAUAGUCUCGUCACCUUAGAGCUUGUUUAUGGAAGAGUCAAGAAAACUAUAAAAUACAUAAAGAUAUAUAAAUUUAAAUAACAUAGCUGCAGGUCUUUGGUCCCAGGGCUGUGCCUUAACUUUAACCAAUAUUUUCUUCUGUUUUGCUGCAUUUCAAAAUAAAGGUAGAGCUAGGGCUGGGCAGUAUAUAUCCAAGCUUUCAAUGAAUUAAAUUUCUGGCAAUAGCUGGAUUUGACAAACCACAGACAACCUCUGGAAGAGUCUGUGAUCCUUCUGAGAUACAGACUUAACAGACUUCUUGCGACGGAGCACCACUGCGUGUGUGAAGAUUUAUUAGCCAGCUGUUGGUCGGGAGCUGCUCAGUUUACAUUAGAUUGAUUUUAAUUUCAGACACUGCUGGGGAAAUACAUUCUUGUCCAGCGAGUACAGAAAGCCUUUUUUUUGGCUUUCAUAGGAAAAUCAACUUGAAGGUGAACAACUUGAUUUGAAAUCGGAGCCAUAGGUCACAUCUUGGUUAGUCAUCUGUUCAUCAGCUUCCUCUCAGGUUAGGAAAUACAUAAUCUAGAAAAUACCAUUUUUUUAAACCCUGGAAUUUCAAGUAAAACAAACCAAGUUUCUUUUAAAUACCAAGUUGUAUAUGACGCCAAUUCACAUAGCAUAAAGGAUUCAUUAUUCUCUAUAAAAUUUUUGCAAAAUUGGUAUCUGUUUAGAAUUUUUAACUUUGCACAGUGGCUCCUGAAAGUUAGAAUUCCUAGUGGGUAGUGUGGAAACCUUCUGCUGCUGUCUGCCCAGCCCUUGAACGUGUGACUUACUGGUGAAAGAUUCUUUUUCUAGGAAAAAUGAGCCUCCAACUUUAUUUUAUUUUAUUUUGUGACACAAACUGUAGAUUUUAGCAGCCCUGGCCCAAAGGAAUUUGAUUACUUUUGUUUUAAAUAGUACAAAGGGGACACUAUAACUACAAAAUACAUCCUUACUGAUUUUAGUUGUUUUUAAAUUUUCUUUGGACAUGUUUCAGAGUGGUAAAUUGUGUGUGAGCAUUACAAUGAUUGAUUCUUUUAGUGGUUUCUUAGCCUCUCUUACAGCCCAUGGGUAUAGUACUGUACAUCAAUCAAUACCUUCAUAUGAAAUUUUUAUAUGCAAUGAAAAUAAAAGCAUGGGUUGAUUCUGCCUA